GGAGCCGCUUCCUCGAUUGACGUGAAUUUGGAAAGCAAAGCAGACUCCCUGAUCGAGUAAACUAGUAAGCUGGCUAUAGCCAUAACGCCGAGUGUCACUGUGAUUUUUUUGGGUACCAGUUGUCGGGGGGAAAAAAAAAAAAACUUUCCCGUCGAUUUAGCUCUGUGAUACAAAGGAGAGAGUAGUGCGAAUGAUGUGCUUAUAUUCUUGAUAGUCGCUUUAUUGGCGAUCCCGCAGAGUUGAUAAUGCUUAAAAUGAAGCUGCCCGGGAGAACGGCGGAGGAAGGAGCGGGGAACGCGGCCGAGAACGUGCAGGAUGUGACCGGCGGUGGUCUGCACAUCCCCGGGUCCGCUCCGCACACGCCUUCCAACAGGUCGGAGGACGCCGCACGAAGGCUGGCAUGCCCCUUGCUCCAGCUGGAUAAGGAGGCGGUCUUCGAGUGGUUCGGCUUGCACCUGAGUCCAGCCAGGCGGAUCGAGUUCAUGUGCGGUCUGCUGCACAUGUGCCAGCCGCUGGAACUCCGAUUCUUGGGCUCUUGUCUGGAGGACCUGGCGCGGAAGGACUUUCACGUCCUCCGGGACUUCGAGAUCAGGGCGAACAGCCUGGGCGAGCUGGGCCUCCUGGCGGACAUCGGCGACCCGGUGGUGCGCUCCAAGCUGCUGGUCUCCCUCUCCCUCUUGGGAUCUGAGAACCGGGAGUGCGCCGGGAUACUCUUUCGCAUUUUGAGCCAUGUGGAUGCGGCGCUGAGCUGCAAAAGCUACGGCCUCACCGUGCCGUCCUGCCGGGACUCCCAGCAUUCCCACAUUCGUCCUUCGUGCGACGACGGCAGCGGCGCCGACUCGGGCAGAGCGGAGCCCUGCUGCGGGCCUAAGCCGGAGGCGGGGUACGGUGCUCCGGAGCAGCUGGCGCUGCUUUUUACCAUGGCCUCCCUGCACCCGGCGUUCCCGUUUCACCAGAGGGAGACUAUCAGGGUUCAGCUGGAUAAAGUGGAGAAAGUGAUGGAAGAGGAGCGGAGAGACCGCCAGCAGGGUGCCAACGCUCGGAAUAAGCUUCCAAAACGGGAUUACCUCUCCUCCGGCACUGAGACCAGAAUGACCAGUAGAGCUCAGUCACCCAGACCUGGCCAGCCUCCGGCAAGGAGCUACCAAAAAGAAGCCGUGUACAUCGAGAAGAUCGUGCUGAGGGGGGUGUCACGCGGCAGGACCGAGAGGGAGUACAGCUUUGUGUUGAAGUGGUCUGACUCCACAUCAAGCAACGUAACGAAAACUCAUCUUGAACUGGAGAACUUCUUGUUAAAGCUUCCAAAGGAGCAGGCUGUGGACUCCUUUGAGAAGGCCAUCUUGAGGUUACUCAGCCAGGGGGACGCGCUGGAGGGCAGGGAGCUGGAGGGGACACUGAGGGAGAGGUUCCUGUCCACGCCGCCUGCUUUUCGGAAGUCUGCCAAGGUCUGUAGCUUCUUUCUGACGGACUCGUCCAGUCCAGGCUGCAGCCACUGUACAGCGCCCUCCCUGGGGAAGCCUGCUACAGCAGGCGAGCACUUCGUGGAGGACGGUUCCGAGGCCUCGAGCCAGGAGGAAGGUGCGCACAUGGAGUCUUUCAUUCUUGGGUACCGCAAGAAGCCUGGAAGCAAGAGCCCGGGCCUGGGCCUCCAGGGUGUAAGGAGCCCACAGACUGACAGUCGGAGGCCCCCCCACCCAGAGCUGAAUGGAGUGACAGACUGGAUGAGGAAGAAUCCUGUGCAGAAGUCUGGCCCGGAUCCCUGUGGGGCGGGACCACAGAAGCACCCCGGCGAUGAGAAACGAGCCGGGCCACCAGCCAACAAGAGCAAAGUGAGAGCUUCGGCAGCAGACCGGGAGAAGCUGAAGAAGCCAGAGGCCAAGGCGGCCUCUGCCUCUAAUGGGGUGGGCAGACUGGGCCCUCCGCAGCUCACGCGGCAGCCGGGCGGAAAAGGGCUGGGCCCAGAUGCCUAUGGGGAGACGUCCUCGGAGAGCUACAGCUCCCCCUCCAGUCCGCAGCAUGAUGGGCGGGAGAGCCUGGAGAGCGAGGACGAGAAGGACAGAGAAACGGACAGUAACUCCGACGACUCCAGUAAAGGCAGAGCAGACAGCAUCCUGCUCGGCAAGCCUGUAGGGGGCGCCGUCGUGGCCACCGUGCGACCCAUGCCGCCCGGAGCGCAGCGGGAUGGGCCCCCGGCUCCUCCCGAGCUCCCCCCGAUGGCCUUCAUGCAGCCUGUGGCAUUUGUGGUGCCGAACGGCACCAGCAGGACAGAGAAGCCAGCCGGGGGUGUGAUGCUGCCGCUGCCCGCCGCCUUCCGCGAGCCCCUCCCCACGGGGCCCCUAGGGGACGUCGAGAAGCUUCCGCCGGCACCCCCCUCGCAGCUGGGCCUGCUGCCCCCCAUCAGCCCGGUCAACCAGCCCCUGGUUCAGCGCUUCAAGACUGCCCCCAUCCCCAGCCCCGCUCCUGGCCCUCCCAUCUCUGAUGGCGGGGCCUCCGCCACAGUGCACCAGCCACCAAUGGGCGCCAUCAGCGUGAUCCCGCCCAGCCCCGCCUACGUGUCCCCCCUGCAGGCAGCCUUCCCCAGCACCGAGCCUUCCCUGCCGGAGCCCCAUCACAAAGCCCCAGGGAUGUCUCUGCCGUCCGCCCUGCCCUCGCCCUACAGCCUCGCCACCCCCACGCUGACCGGGCCCCCCGCUUCCUUCGGCACCUCCACGCCAGGCCAGUCGCAGGCCGCCGCGGUGCCCACGCAUGUUCCUGGCCCCGCCCCCACGCCGAGCCCCGCCCUGACGCACAGCACCGCCCAGAGUGACGGCACCUCCUUCAUCAACGGCCCCGCCCCUCAGCAGCCGCAGCCCGGCCCUCCUCAGCCAGCGGGCUGCGGUGCCUGCGGCUGCCGCGGCAGCUGCGGAAACAUGCACCCGCCCAGCUACUGCUAUGCACCCCAGAUGGCGCAGCAGGCAUUCAGCAUGCAGCCCUUCCUGCACCUGACGUCGCUCUGCGGCGGUGGGGGCGGUGCCUACCUCAGCCAGGGGGCCGGGAGCUCCGGCGCCACCCAGCUGCCCUUCUUCCCAGCGGCGCCCUCGCCCUACGGCAGCAGGCUGCCACUGUACACAUCCUCCGAGCCCGUGCUGGGGGCCCAGGCCGGCUACGGCCUGCAGCACCUGGCCGCCUUCGGCCGCAUUUACCAGCCGCUCUUCCCGUCGGUGGGAUUGCUGCCCGGCCUGAAGAAGGGCACCGGCGCGUCCUGCUACAACUGUGGGGUCAGUGGGCACUAUGCACAGGAUUGCAAACAGCCCUCCAUUGACGCAGCGCAGCAAGGUAAUGUUACCACAGUCAGGGGGAGGGACUGGAGAGGACCCCUACUAACCCUGCCGUUCCCCCCCAAGUGAGAAGAGCCUCCGAGCUGCCUCCCCCCCGCACAGUCAAUGCUUAGGUGCGCAAGGUUGACUUUUCCCUGCGGGGGGCGCCCUCCACCAGCCUACAAGACUUUAACAGGAGGAAGGGGCUGUACAGUGGUACAGCAGCACGCCCCCCCCACCCCCGUUGACGCCCAAACUGUGGGGUCUUUUUUCCCCCCUUCCUUUAUUUAUAUAUCUGAAAAGAACCCCGAGCUGAAGCGGUGUAACUGCGCGGGACUGGCUGUCUGUAGGCGCCCAUGUGGAGUUAGGGCCCGUAGAGCCUUCCGUUUUUGCCUCAUUUUUUUUUUCCAUUUUUCUCCUUCCUGCCAUGGUCUCUCCAUGUCUCCUGGCAUGUGAAGUGAUCCUCCCUCCCUCUCUGUCUUUCAGGUGGCUUUCGGCUGAAGAUCGUCGGCCCUCAUGCUUCAGACGGACUGGACAAAGCCGACUGAAGAGCACUGCAGCUCCAGUUCAGCCACAAAAAAAUAUUCCAGAGGCCUGUAGUUUUUAAGGGUCUGUUUUGUUUUUUGUUUUUUUUUUUUUAAAUCCUACCACCUUUUAGAAUGUGCUUUGGGGGAUUGGAGAACCUGUAAACAUUUUGUGCCUGAAACUCGCCUCUGCCAAGGUGAGAGGAAGCCCUCGCUGAAGGCGGACUCUCCUCCGCGGCCCCCGGGACUUUGCACUGAAGGCCGGCGAGUGACACCUGACACCUGUUUACAAAGUUAUUUUCUUAAAUUGUAAAAAUCACCAUGUCUCUUAAAGGAGUAUGAAGGCCUGGAGAUUUGAUCUUAUUCAGGGGGUGCAGGGGAAUUCUAUUAGGGUUUGGUUUGUGUGAGGGAGACUUUUAUCAUUGUAUAUGUCUGCUUCCUGUUCUCCGGUUCUUUCUGUAUGAACAACUGCAGUCUUUGUAUCUAUCGCUACAGGUCCGAUGUCAGCUCAUAGUUCAGACAGAUUUCAUUAACAUCUCAAUGCACAAUUUGCUUAUUAAAAAAAAAAAAAAGAAGAGAAAAACUCUAAAACAGAACCACGAAUGACUGUGUUGUAUCUGUGCCCUGUGCCUCUUGGAAAGAAUGGGUAUGUUAAAUUACAGAUGCGGAGCUGUUUGAAAGGUGGGAAUGCAAAGGAGGGAAGGAAAACUAUCAAGGACUGUUACAGCAGCUAAUUGUCUAAAAAUGCAACUUUUAUAUUUAUUUAAAGUACAAUGUGUAAAUGUUUAAGGAUAUGGUUUGUAUGGACUUCUUUGCAUACCGCACACAUGUCCUGUGUUCCGGAAUUUCUUUGGAAACAGUUUUGAAUGUACAAUGUUUUAUUUGAAUUUCAUACUUUUCUGGCAGUUUCUUGAUGUUACAAAGUAAUUGUUUCAAAAGCAUCUGCAACUUGAUAAAAUGUGAAGCGUAUAUUAAGGAGUUAAUCGUCAUGUGUACGUCACGUCAUUACGUUUAAUGCUGCUCUGUUGUAAUUGUCAAUAUGCACUAUAGCUACUUGGAGUUAAUCCCCUUGGUCCGUAAGUGCACUGAGGCAGCCCUGCUCGGUGUGGGGGCGCUGCUGCCUACCCACGUCGCCGUUAUGCAUUCAGUAUACCUUUUGGACAUUAUGCACUCCCGAUGUGGCCAGAAGAGGGCGUAGUUCAGAGGCGUCAUUGAUUUCCAUGCGAGCGUAUUUGCAGUGUCUGUGGCGAGCCGACCGUAGCCUCUGUUGUGGUCACCCUGGAUGCAAAUUAGAUUAUUAUUCUCUUUUUGUUGUUUUCUUUUCUUUUUCCCCCCCCAGCGGCUCUGUCCGGCAUGCUUCGUGUACUUAUGCACGUGUUCACAUAUGUUGAGGCACACACACUAAAGCAUAAGACACGUCCAGGCUGGAGAGGAUUUCUAAAAUUUGCAGGAACAUUCGAGAAGCACAUCUGUGUUUACUCUGUGGUGGGGAAUAUACACGUCCUGUUUGCUUGAUUCUAGCCAGUUCCAAGAAAAUGGGAUUUUCUUUUUUUUCUUUCUUGGAGGUCUCUGACCGAUUGUCGGAGAGAACUACUUUAUCGUUAGUUUCUUUAAAAUGGUGAAAAUGGUUUUUAAAGUAUUUCUUAACACUCCCGAGUUGCGCGUACAAGUCCUUCAUUUUGUAAUGGCGAAAACUAUGUCAUUUAUAUUGACGUAAAAUGAACAGUGGGGUGAUGUGGAAUUUAUUUUGAUUAAAAUCGCAGUAAUGCAUUAAAAAAUAAGGAAGAAUAAAUGUGGACUAGGUAUUUGAGCUGAGUGACCUACGUGAUUAUAUAGACUACAUCGGAACCUCCCGUUUGUUACAUUUCUACGAAGGAUUGAAAUGCUGUGUUACAAGGAGGGCAUAUUACCUCCAGUCUGUUUACUGUACUUUGAUAUUUAAAUGUUGUGUACUAACUAGUAAGGUAAAUAUUUCUAAAGCAAAGUUGACUUUUAUGCAAAUUGACCCCCUCCCCCAAGAUUUUUCAGCAAUAAAUAAAAUUUAUCACA